AUGUAUUCAAAUCAGGCUGGCGUGGACGCUCGCUAUGAGCCUCAAGCGACAGAUGAUGCCUUGUGGGAGACCAAUUCGGAGAAACUCCCCACUAACCGAAAGAAGACAUUUUAUCGACCGACUGCUUUGAGAUGGUACUUUAUAGUCGGACAGAUCGUGUUCCUUCUGGGUGUCAUGGGCCUUGUUAUCUGGGCGUUGAUAGAAAUGCCAAACUCUGACGGGACUGCAAAGAUUAUCCACAAGCGGUAUCCCAACGACAAUCCAAACUACAAUCCCAACUUCCCAAGGGGUGACGCCUCGAACGACUCGCCUAUGACUCCAAUGAUCAAAGGAACACGACUAGCGACUACAGUUAUCGUGAGCGACAUCUCUACUGUAGUCACAGUGCCUGGCACCACUGGCAAAUAUACCGAAAUGAUCACAACAACAGAGUACACCACACGCUGGGGCUAUACAACGACUGUCAAAGAUGGGUCAACGUUUACCAGUGUGGAUGUAACUGUCAUACCAACAAAGGUCAUUACAGAAGUCGUCACCACCGCACCAGCAGAAAUAACAGAGUCGGUUAUUACAAGCAUUAGCGUUGGCUACUCUACCAUAUACCCCUCGGAAUCUGACGCUACCGCCCCUGGCACUUUGACAUAUUCAGAAGCAAUCACCAUUACUCAGGCGUAUUCAUUACCUGGAUCGGUAACCACAUACACGUCAACCUUGGAAGCAGACAGAACAGAAACGAUCUGGACCACAAUUGUCGAAGAUGGAGAAACAAAAACCAUAUCACACAUCGUCACUGAGGAGGCGCCUACUGUAUACGAGAGUGUGGGAGAAACGACUGCGUCAGCAAGCACUUAUGUCUCAUAUGGUCGAAUAACAAUCACGUCAGUUUAUACCGACACGAAUCAAAAGCCUAUGCCGAGACCUAAGCCCACGGAGAAGGCUAAGCCUACCGUUAUCGAUGUUGUUACUGUUGACCCUGAUCGCACCAUCAAGCAGGUUGAAAAGCUGGAUCCUACAACUUACGUGACCAAGGUCGAGGAAGUCGAAACAGUAAAUGUGGUUAUUUCCGAUGGGGUCGAGACAUUCGUAAGCGAGUUUGAAGCUGUCGAAACUACAGUCGAUGUUGUUGAAACUGGUGCAGACGGCCUACUUACAACUAAUAAAGUCGUCUCUACAAAGGCUGCUUCUUCGGAAAUAAUCACCAGGCCUGCUGCGCCCACCACUGUUGUAUCGACAAAGUCUACCGAGAAGCUCAAGACCAUAACCUCGGACCGCACAGACUCCUCAACUUGGAUCUCGACUGUCAAGGGCGCUACAAGGACAUACGAGAAAACCACGACGAUCGCUCCCACUGCCACCGACGACGCAUCUGAAUCGGAAGAGACUGGCGGGGUAGUCAAGACAGUUAUCACAGUGUUCGAACUUGAUGCUGCAAAGUACUUCCUUGGAAAAUUCCUGCCUCCUAUGCUGGCCGUCAUGUUAUCAAUCCCCGCUCGAGUCAUCGAUUAUAACGCACAGCUGUUUCAGCCGUUCUACGCUAUGAACCAAGAUUAUGGCGCCAGAGGACCGGAGUCGAUGAACCUUCAUUUUGGUGGUUUGGGCAGUAUUGUAGAGCCUUUUAAUAUCUUGCUUGAAGGCCACCCUGUGCCCUUCAUCACGAUGCUCAUUGCCUGGUUUUCUGCACUGCUGGCACCAAUCGCCGUCGAAGCUAUCGGUUUCAAGAUGCAUGGCCAGUGCAAGAUCAAUGCCUUUGAAGGCUGUGCUCCGGCACUUGGUGUUUCCCCGCUAUCUUCACGCAUACUUCUGGCCCUCCUGGGGUUGAUCAUCUUGCUGCUCUGUGCAUUGUUGUUUUCCCUGCGAGACUUUCACACUGGUCUUUACUCAAACCCAUGGAGUGUCGCGGGUAUUGCAUCUCUGGCUGCCAACAGAGACAUCAGACCCCGCCAGGAUUCUGAGCACAAGAUCGAAAAGGAGAUGGCAGAGAAACGAUACGGUUUUGGUUUCUUUGAGAACCACGCCGGCAAAACUGAGUAUGGUGUUGUACUCUACGACGAUGCUGGAGAGAACCUCCAACAUGAGCCGCUGUCGUCGGAGCCUGGUUCUGUUGACACAGAGGUUGUGAGCACCGGUCGGAGGAAUCCUUUUGCUCUUCUUGGUCUUGCCUGGCGACUGGCGUUUCUGUUGUUUCUUCUUGGUCUGAUGGUGUUUCUGCUUUACUACCAUCUCACGCUUGACAAAUCGUCGUCGUUCAAGAAUUUCAUGAAUAGUCAGACCUUUGGUGUUCGAUUCUUGUUUGCUACUUUUGGUGUCGCCAUAUCAUUCAGUUGGACAGCUUUCUUUAUCACUAUUACUAUGGUAGUUCCAUACCAAGUCAUGUCGUAUGGCCCUCAGUCCGCUUCGAACUCGGUGCUACUCACUCGCCCAACAAACCCCUUUUCAGGUUUUUGGUCUGCUGUCAAGCACCGCCAAAUUUUCCCAGGACUUGUAGCCGUCAUGGCAAUCUUUUCGGAAUUCAUGCCUAUUCUCCUGGCCAACAUUCCCUAUUCGCUGUCGCAGGUCCGAAUUUCCCAUGACAUCUGCGCACGUAUAUCGGUUGGAAUAUUGGCUUUGAUGGCUCUCACAAUCAUCAUCAGCUUCCUCAUUCGCUGGCCCGACAUGCCGGUCGAUCCACGCUCUAUUGCCGGGGCGAUGUACUACGUCAGUGAGAGUAACAUGGUGGACCAUUUCAGUGGCAUGGCAGCAAUGGAUGGCGAUGAGCGAAAGCAGCGUAUCAAGGAGUUGGGUGGAACAUAUGUGUAUGGGGAGUUGACGACGAGAUCAGGUGAGAGGAGACCUGCUGUGGAGUGGGAUGACCACACGCUAGGCGUCGGUCCUGUGGUGCAGCAGCAGAGGAAGGACAAUGUCUACGUGAGGCAUGAGAAUGUUGAUACAGGGUACUACGGACAUCAACUAUGA